AGGGAGAGACACAAAAACAUAACAAAUCACAUUGUUCAACUAUGGAAUUGUCUUUGGUUUUGACAACCUUAACCAUUGUCACCUUUAUUUCCACAGUAACAUCACAAUCACCCAUUCAAAAUUUUGUGAGUUGUUUUUCUAAGUUCCAUGAACCUUCACAUUCCCCUAUCACUGAAGUGAUUUACACACCAAACAACAAAACAUUCUCAACCAUUCUAAACAAGCACCUACAAAACAAGAGAUUUAAACUAGAUUCAACACCGAAACCUUUGGCAAUCGUAACUGCAAAAAGUGCUUUUGAUGUUCAAGCAACAGUUAAAUGUGCAAAAAGUAACAACAUUCAAAUCAGAAUCCGAAGUGGUGGUCAUGAUUAUGAAGGUUACUCAUAUGUAUCUGAUGUUCCUUUUAUUAUACUUGACAUGUUUCUUAUAAAUGGAAUAAAUAUAGAUAAACAUAAUAAAGUAGCAUGGGUUGAAUCUGGAGCAACACUUGGUAAGCUUUAUUAUACAAUUGGUAAGACAUCCAAUUUUUUUGGUUUCCCUGCUGGUGUCUGUUUUUCUUUGGGUAUUGGGGGUCAUUUUUCAGGUGGUGGGUAUGGAAAUUUGAUGAGAAAAUUUGGUCUUUCUGUUGAUAAUAUUGUUGAUGCAAAAAUUGUUGAUGUUAAUGGUAAUAUUCUUGAUAGAAAAGCAAUGGGGGAAGAUCUUUUUUGGGCUAUAACGGGUGGUGGUGGGGCUAGUUUUGGUGUCAUUCUUUCAUGGAAAAUUAAAUUAGUUUAUAUACCUUCUAAUGUUACUGUUUUUGAUGUGUCAAAAACUUUAGAAGAAGGUGCAAUUGAUUUAAUUUACAAAUGGCAAUUAAUUGCAACAAAAUUGCCAAAUGAACUUUUCAUUAGACUGCAACCUAUUGUAAAAAUUGGUAAGGAUGGUAAAAAAGUUGUGCAAGUUCAUUUCAUUGGUCAAUUUUUGGGUACAACUGAAAAGCUUUUACCUUUGAUUAAUGAGAAGUUCCAUGAAUUGGGUUUAAAAACUAGUGAUUGUCAUCAUAUGCCUUGGGUUAAUUCAACUCUAUUUUGGUACGGUAAGCCAAUUGGAACACCUCUUGAAGCAUUGUUGGAUGAACCAAAAGACACUUCAACAAUCUAUUUCAAAAGCCAAUCAGAUUAUGUGAAGAAACCAAUUCCAAAAGAAGGUAUUAAGGCCAUAUUUGAAAAGAUGAUUGAAGGUGAUACUUUGUUUAUGCAAUGGAAUCCAUAUGGUGGAAGAAUGGAUGAGAUAUCGGCAUCAGCUAAACCAUUUCCUCAUAGAAAAGGAAACUUGUUCUUGAUUCAGUAUCUUAAUUAUUGGCCUGAAGAUACUCCUGGAGCUAUUGAACGUCAUGUUAAUUUUUCCAGAUCUUUUCUUCAAUUUAUGACACCUUAUGUUUCACACUCUCCAAGGGAAGCGUUUUUUAAUUACAGAGAUGCUGAUAUUGGUGCCAAUCUUCCAAGCAAUGUCACCAAAAUGGGAAUUUCUAAAGUUUAUGGAACUAAAUAUUUUAAAGAUAAUUUUAAUAGAUUAGUUAAUAUCAAAACAAAGGUUGAUCCUCAUAACUUUUUUAGAUAUGAACAGAGUAUACCUACUCUUUCAGCUUUGUAAAAUCAAUUCAUAAAGAAAUAAUUAUUUUUCUUAUAUGAGAAAAAUAUAUUUUGUAUUGAACGUCAUGUUAAUUUUUCCAGAUCUUUUCUUCAAUAUAUGACACCUUAUGUUUCACACU